AUAUCGUGUCGAUUUAGAACCGAACCUGAAUGGCACUCGCUACCAGUUCGCCAGAGCGAACGUGGCUCCUUCUGAGUUUCGUUGCCGAUUCGUUCGGCUAGCUGUAAAACGAAAUUUCAAAUUACUAUUUUGCGGUUUCUUGAAUAACAAUCCUAUAUGCGUACUCAGAAUUUCGCUGACAAAGUCGCUGACUGCGCUGUAAAUUGCUAGAUCAGUAUGUGAUUAAACAUACGUACAGCCGAACUUCAGUAUCGUUUUCCUCACGCAAAAAUUAAGCAUUAAAUAAGACAACCGGCUAAAAAAACUCACCGUAACCGUAUCGUCAGUUAGAAGUAGCCGAAGCAACAGUCGUGCUGACCAUAGAAAUAAGCGCUACUUUUUUUGACUGCCGGCGCCAGCCACAGGGUCGACAAAUCCCCGCCGUCUUGCUCUUUCCCUUUAGGAGACAACUUCAACAUUCAACGUCAACGCGCGGCAAUCGGCGCACAGAUAGAUACAGAGAUAGCUGGGGCGCGAGAGAAAGCCCACCUAGACGACAGAACCAGGUGAUUGGACGGAUUCCCACGACCCCUCCUAUUUGAUAUUGUGGCCAAUAAUAUAUCUGUAUAGUGCUUUUUAAUGCCGGUGCUGACGCUAAUACUGAACUUGGCUAGAAUGACGGCAAGUUACGCUCGCCACCACAUCUCUGCCUGAUACUUGUGGGUAUCUGUUUGUUGCUGUAGCCCCUGAGCUUCGUAUUCUGUUGCGUUUUAUAAGAAAGUGAACAUCAAUCUCAGCAGGAGCUUGAUCACCUCCUCGCACAGGUCCAGAGCAGCGUGUACAGCAUGCCAAAAACCCCAUGCACAUACUGUCGCUGCUGAUGGGUCAGUCCAAUCGCGCACACAGCCGCUAGCAACAAUACAAACAGCUGAUUUGUUACCGAACCCCUUGUUGCUUAACAAGUAACAACAAAAAUCAGCUAAUGCCAUUCUAAUUCAAUCGGUAUAGAAAAAAAAAAAAAAAAAAAAAAAAAACUAUACUAAUUGAGAAUACUGGCUUACCAAUUGACAAGUUGGCAUAAAAAGACCCUUGUUCACCGGGUUCUUUCCAUAUGAUUCUAUGCGUUUCUGUAGAAGCCAAGAACGACGACACCGCAGACAUUACGCUUUGAUUUGAAGCUUUUACCUGAAUUUGUCAGUGCAAGGCAGUGUAUCUGACACAUGGUGCGCAUGGAAGGAAAGAUCAAUCGAAUGGCAAGAAAAACGCUCGGUUUCAUCUAAUUGAGACUGAAAAAAAAAGUAGUGUUUAUGUGCCCAGUUCCUCAAGCGAAUUCUUGUAUUUGUAUACCCAAGGCGGGGGCUGAAGUUAAAAAAGUCGUUAAGCGUUUUUUGCUCCUGCUCCAAAGUUGACCGGAUUACAAAGGCAAAACCUGAUGAGGAGAUUGCAAUUUUGGUAAUGCGCGGGUUUGUUCGAUACAUGUUGCGUUUUUAGUAAAGCUUAUUGGCGCGCAAUUGUAGAGCAAAAAAAGGGGAACCAUAGAAAAAUGAUCAGCGCGAUGAUAUUGUAAGUGUUGACUGGUAUCGUGGGGUUAGGUUCAACUUGUGGAUAUAGUUGCUAGAGUUUGCUAAGGAAAAAAGUUUGUGCUCAAUCAAGUUAAACGCGUUCGUAGUGAAGAUAGAGAAGAACUUGAUGAAGUAUCAAAGCAAUCAUUUCUAGGGAAACUAACGCAGUUCCAGUGUCAAUGUGUAGUAUUGGCUACGUAUAGAAUAGAACGGAAUAACCAGGACGGUUGACAUUGCAGAAAUAAUGUAAUUCAUAAGCGAUGCGAAGGCCCAACAACGGAAGUACUUUUCUACAUCAUAUGGAUUCUUGGAAAACGGAAGAACGGCGGGAGGGCUCGAAUGGCCCGAGACCCUGUAUGAAAAGAGAUCAAAUCACCAAAACGGCAAAGAAGGAAAUAAUAAUAAUUUGAGCGUGUCAUGCUCUUCUUCAUGUCAUUCAACUCAUACGAGGAAAUUACGUCAGCGGGCGUCUGCCCCAGGCCUAUGAUGUUAAAUUGGAGAUCGACGCUUCUACACUUUCAACUGCUGCUAUUUCUCCACUUAAUCCUUCCCAGAUUAACCACGGCAAACAAAUUUCCACAAGACGAGCAGUAUCGAAACCCACAGGCCGCAUCUGAAGGGGAUCCAAAUUUUUGGCGGAAAGAAAGCUUUAACGCCCUCAACCAUCGCAUUAAUCGCCGUUUGAAUACCAAUGUAGCAAAGAACAUUAUCUUCUUUCUGGGAGACGGCAUGGGUGUGUCAACUGUCACUGCGGGGCGGGUGUACAAAGGCCAGAAGGCGCGUCGCUCCGGAGAAGAAAGCGUGCUUAAUAUGGACACCUUUCCUUACACCUCCCUCUGCAAGACCUAUUGCGUGGAUCGCCAGACAACGGAUUCAGCCGCUUCUGCAACGGCCUACCUAUGCGGAAUCAAAACUAAUAUGGGAGCGUUAGGCGUAACUGCUAAGGUAAAGCCUGCAAACUGCGAGGCCGCAACUGACGAGUCCAACCAAGUCGACAGUAUAAUGGCAUGGGCUCAGAAAGAAGGAAAAUGGACCGGGAUCGUAACGACCGAUCAAGUCGUAGGAGCGUCCCCCGCAGCGGCUUACGCUCACGCCUCAAGUCGUUCAUUUUACAGUGAGGUACCGGAAGGCUGUUCUGCAAUGGAUAUCGCUCAGCAACUGAUUCACGGCAAACCUGGCUCAAAAUUUAAGGUAAUUUUUGGUGGUGGUCGAAAGCAUUUUUUGCCAGUCAAUACCCGGCCAACCAACGAACGGCGUGUGAAUAUCGACAAUCCUGCUAUUAACGGUCGUGGGGUAAGGACUGAUGGUAGAAAUCUGCUUGAGGAGUGGCUACAAAAGCAUGAAAAGCUCAAUCAUACUGCCGCUUAUCUCUGGAGCUUAAAUCAUCUUCGGAUGCUUCACGAGGGCGAUUACAAUGAAGACUAUAUCCUUGGACUUUUCGCGUCGGAAGCAAUGGUGUACUCGAUGGACAAAAUUCUGGCACAGAGCAACGGAGAAGAGAUACCUGGGAAGGACCAGCCAACGCUUGAGGAAAUGACAAAGGCUGCCAUCAACAAACUCAGCCAAUCGCCUUCUGGCUAUGUGUUGUUUGUCGAAGGAGCCCGUAUCGACACGGCACAUCACGAAAAUCUGGCCGGCUAUUCUCUUGAGGAGGUGUACCAGUUCGAUAAGGCAAUUGCAGCGGCAGCAUCCAUGACAUCCGAACAAGAUACGCUCACUAUUGUAACAGCCGACCAUUCGCACGCGUUCACUAUUAAUGGAUACGCAUCCCGAGGAAAUGACAUUCUUGGCCAUGCCGGAAGAGACAUCAACAAAAAACUCUAUAGCACAUUGAGCUACGCUGCUGGACCAGGGUUCAGUCUCAACGAAGAUGACGAAGACCGGUUUACGAUGGUGAAUCAUUUUCUUCAGCCGGCUAUGAUGCAUACGAAAAAAGGAGUCCAUGGCGGCGAAGAUGUGGCUGUCUACGCAAAAGGACCUUGGGCUCAUCUUUUUACGGGUACCCACGACAACACCUAUAUACCACAUGCCCUGGCAUAUGCUGCAUGUAUCGGACUACGUGUGGGUCAUUGCGAUCGCAGAGGUCCAUUCAAUAGAUACGCACAUGUUAGUGGCGCUCUGCGAAGAAAUGCACGUGACCCUGUUAUAAGCAAGUUCGCCGCUGCAAGCAACCUAACGAUGAUCGAUCAUAUAAAUGGACAAACAAUCGCACCUGACGUGCUGAAAAAUCCACCUCCUCGACACGUUGUGGUAGAGCUUCCAGGUGAAUUACGUCAAUCUAUCAACCGAGCUCCUCGUCAACAUCUGCCAAUGGCAAGACGCGCUGAAGACGCUGAAGUACUCGUUUCGCGCCGAAAUGAGACAUCAGCCUUUGUCACGAAUAAUCGCAGCCCACAGAAAUCCCCCAAUCGUCUCACGCAAGGUCGAAGAGUUCAUAAAGUCGCCAAGAGAACAAAUCCCUAUGGCGCAUCAAUAGGAAAGCAUCCAGAGCAGCAGCAGCAGCAGCAGCAGCUGUGGCAACAUCAAGGAUUAAAUACAAUGUUAAAUUCGCACGGUACGUUCGUUAAGUCGUGAUCGGAAGCUUAUCUUCAUGAUCAUAAGUGGAAAUCAGUUAUCUAAAUUUUUUUUGUUAGGAUCCCGAAAUGGACGGUACCAAUUGGUUGCCAUUAAGUUGCGGAAUAAAAUCUCUCUCUCUAUAGAACCCUAUUUCAAUUGCUUUCCAGACUCGAGACUUAAGAUCGUAGAUUAUUUGAACGCUUCAAAUUAGACUAUGUGUAAGGUGUUCAUAAAAAUCAGAGGUAUUUUUUGUGUCUAAUCAACUAAAAUUAACAGAAACACCGCUAUCGAUAAUCGUUUUUUAUAUGCGUUUUCUUAAAUGACACUAAUAAUAUAAAAUGGAUGAAUAUUCAGCCUAAAAAUCGGCCGUGUAAAACAUUUUUACUAUGUUGAAGUCACGCCAUGUAGGUACUGUACCAGCCUUAAAUAUUUAUUUUCUACUGUAUAUAGCAAUCUAACCUAUCUAUUGUGAUAUUGUAACAACUCAUUAAUCAAACCAAAUAAUAAAUGAGUACAAGUUACGA